GGGUCAAAGCAAGCGAAGCUACAAUUAACCAAGGUGCAUAGCAGAACAAAAUGAGAGCUGUCGUUUGAGUUCAUGUUCUUUCAUCCUUGAACAGACACAGGGACGGUACACUGGAUAUGUUAUGAACUUGUCAUUUUCCCACUGGGAAGACCUUGCGGGCUAAACCAACAACAGCUAAUCGGGCCUCCUCGUCGUGGCCCAGCAAGACUCGAGUAAGUUGGAAGCGGACUGCCAAACUUCUGCUUUCUCCAGUGGCUCUCCGCAGGGCCCGGGGCUUCUGUCACCGGCCCUGUGGAUGAGGGAGCAAAUCAAGAUCCAAUCAUUCCGCAGGAGAAAGGAAUCCCCUUGAUGGGAGAAUCCUCUGUCCUGGCCUCCUGGGUCAAUCGCAGUGCCAUGAUGAUGGAUGAGCAGGAGGCCCUGAAUUCCAUCAUGCAGGACUUGGCCGAACUGCAUCGCUCCAGCCGUCCUGCCACGUUCCUGUCGGACCUGGGCAAACCCAAAGUCUCCUCACCCAAGAACCAGAACGAUGUGAGAGUGAAAUUUGAGUUCAAAGGAGAGAAGAGGAUCCUGCAGUUUUCUCGACCUGUCAAGCUGGAAGACCUGAAGACAAAAGCUAAAGUGGCUUUUGGUCAAACAAUGGACCUUCACUACACCAACAAUGAGUUGGUGAUUCCUUUAACAACCCAGGAUGAUCUAGACAAGGCUGUUGAGCUGCUGGAUCGCAGUGUUCACAUGAAGAGCCUGAAGAUCCUUCUGGUGCUUCAGAACUCUUCCUCUAACAUGGACCUUUUACCAUCCCAUGAGGAGCUGGACAAUACAGGAUUCAGGGUGACAGGUUCUCAUUCAACCGACCGCAGCUCUCCUCCUCCAGGAUACAUUCCAGAUGCUCUCCAGCAGGUGGCGAGGAACGGCUCCUUCACCAGCAUCAACAGUGAGGGGGAGUUCAUUCCUGAGAGCAUGGACCAGAUGUUGGACCCACUGUCUAUGAGCAGUCCAGAGAACUCUGCGUCAGGGAGUUGUCCUUCUUUAGACAGCCCACUGGACAGUGACUAUCCUAAAUCAAGGAUGCCCAGAGCACAGAGUUACCCUGACAACCAUCAAGACUUUCCAGAAUAUGACAACCCUGUGUUUGAGAAGUCGGGAAAAGGAGGAACGUAUCCUCGCAGAUACGGCAUUCCCUUUGGCCUUCAGGAUUACAGCGAUGGAAGGAAGACAUUUCCUCGGGCUCGACGAACGCAGGUUCACAGUUUCCGCUCUCCAGUCAGUUUUAGUCCGACAGAGCAGUCUCCCAGCACCAGCAGCGGCAGCAGCGUCUUCACUCCCGACUUGGAGGAGGCCCCCGGGCCUGCCAGGAGGCGCCGAGGCAGCGACAUAGAACCAAACCCCAACCCACCUACCGCACCAACCCUCUCCGUCAUGGACAUCAGCCCCCCCAGCCGCUCUCCACGGGCUCCAACUAACUGGCGGCUGGGGAAGCUUUUGGGUCAGGGGGCAUUCGGGCGGGUUUUCCUGUGUUACGAUGCAGAUACUGGACGGGAACUGGCAGUCAAACAGGUCCAAUUUGACCCAGAGAGUCCAGAGACCAGCAAGGAGGUGAGUGCAUUGGAGUGUGAAAUACAGCUCCUGAAGAACUUGUGCCAUGAGCGGAUCGUUCAGUACUACGGCUGUCUACGAGACACGAUGGAGCGAACGCUUUCAAUCUUCAUGGAGUACAUGCCUGGAGGCUCUAUCAAAGACCAGCUGAAGUCUUACGGAGCGCUGACGGAAAACGUGACACGGCGCUACACCCGGCAGAUUCUGGAGGGGGUUUCCUACCUGCACAGCAACAUGAUCGUCCACCGGGACAUUAAAGGGGCCAACAUCCUGCGAGAUUCUGUUGGAAAUGUGAAGCUGGGAGACUUCGGGGCCAGCAGGCGGCUGCAGACCAUCUGUCUGUCAGGAACAGGGAUGAAGUCUGUGACAGGGACCCCAUACUGGAUGAGCCCAGAGGUCAUCAGUGGAGAGGGGUACGGCAGGAAAGCUGACAUCUGGAGUGUCGGUUGCACCGUUGUAGAGAUGCUAACGCAGCGGCCUCCAUGGGCGGAGUUUGAGGCCAUGGCAGCCAUCUUUAAAAUUGCCACCCAGCCCACCAACCCGGUCCUGCCGGCUCAUGUGUCAGACCACUGCAGAGAGUUUCUCAAACGGGUCUUUGUAGAGACCAAGCAGAGGCCAUCUGCAGACGAGCUACUGAGGCACAUCUUUGUACAUUAACCUCAGAACUGAAGACCCACUCACCUGCAGGGCUACCAAAUGAGUCUUUACCUGAACGAGUCAGCCCCGUCUCUGGGCCUGCCCCGUCCUCCUUCAUGCUGAGACCACUUUGGUGCAUGAGGGACCAGCUGGAUGCAAGUGGGCUGUCUGUCACUGAGGACUUAAUUUUUUGUUUAUUUUCUCAGCUAGAUGCACCUUAAUUUCUGAACAGUGGCGAAGUUGAACACUUCCUCCUGAAAGUCGUUUUUUUAUGUUUGUAUAGUUUCUCUCUUAAAACCUUCAGGAGUGGGACGUGUAUGUGUUGUGGACCUGCAGGAGCUGAGGCCCUGACCCUUCUAUCUCACUGAGCUGUCUCCAGAAUGUAACCUCCUGCCAAACUCCAGAGCGACUGAAGACCUGGACCUGCUGCUACAGAUGAAACUGAAUCACAGCGAAAGUGAAGUUUCCACUCUCCUGCCUUUGUCUGCAUCUCCUCUUCGCUCCUCUUCAUUCCCCACUUUUGCCUUGUGCCUUUUCUGUUUUUGAACCUGGUUUAUGAACGAUUCUGGACUUUUCUGUUGGCUAUGUGUUGUUUUGCCUACUGGAUAAACUGCCUUCACACCGUUAGCCCAAAACCAGCUGUCUUUUUAUGCCUUUUCUGUAGCAGUAACUUUGGAGCUGAUGUUUCUGAUCCCAGAUCAGCUCAGUCAGAGGGGAGCCAAACAUCCCUUGGACCCAGAUCGCUACUUCUGCUGAACCUUCUCAGAUGAACUCUCCUCUGCUUCAUGAAAUGUUUAAACUGAUAUUUAAAUUUAAACUCAGAUUAUGCAGAAGUGUGAUGAAGUUUACAUGACCCAACUUAAACAUUUGGAAGAUAAUUUUAUUUAUUUAGUUGGGAAUAACUGUAAAAUAAUAGUAAAUACCUGUUAUAAAUCUGGUGAAUUUUCUUGGACUUAACUGCUCUGAGGGAAGCAGGAAAGGAACAUCUGGCAAGUGAGAAGCUUCAAACCACACUCUGAUUUAUUUCAAGCUUGCUUGUAGAGAGCGACGAUGUUUGCCAUCAAAGCAGUUUCUUUCAGUCUCCUCCUGCUCUGCUGCUGGAGUGGGUUCUUAUCUGUUCUGCAACCCAGUAUAUGUUCAUUUUCUCACCUCAUACACUCCUACAGGUUAGACUUACAUCUGAAGAUGUUUACAGGAUCUUAUUUAUCAGCAAUUUUUGUUCCUGUCAAAUUAAAAGCCUCAAAUAAGCAUCAGUUACAGCUGACGGCUCGAUUAAUUUGGGCUCGUGGUGAGCAGAGCACUGGUACUGAAUGUGUUUAAUAGUGGCCAAUUAAAACACAAGCCUAUUUGUGUUUUUUAUUUAUUUAUUUUUUUUGUUUUAAAUCUCCUUGGUAACAUCUGAUAGUUAUAUAGUUGUCACCAAUCAGAUCUUUUCAAUCAUAAUUUAAAACCAGCUGAUUAAUAAUUAAAACAGAUGUAUUGGAUAGUUUAUGCUUUUUAAAGGUGCAAUCUGAACAGUUUUUCAUGUUUUUGUGUCGGGAGAAGCUUGAAAUGGUACAAAAACAGUUUUUUGUUCACGUAUGAAUUGUCUAAAGAUUACUGGUAAUUGUGGUAUGUUUAAGCUUGUUGGUGGUCACCAGGUGACUGUAGUGUUAAUAGCAGGAGGAAGUGAAUUUCUGAAAGCACUUAAACUCAAGAUAAAGGUUCAGAUUUUGUUUAUCUGAAAGAUAUCUGGUCAGAUUGUGGAAACUGACACUGCAUUUUAACAAUUGUAGGCGUCCAAGCAAAAGUAUAACACAGGAAGUCAUUCAGAUGAAAUGUGUGUCAGCUUCUGAUCAGACAAAUUCUUAAUCAUGACCCAUCUGCUGCAGGCAGGAGAUAAAAACCUCCAUGAUGCACUAUCAAUGAUUCACAGAUACGCUGUUUUCUUCAUUGGCUGUCACUAAAGCAGCUUGCUUAAACGUU